UCCUAGCAACAGCAGCGUCCAGGAAUCAAGGGAUCGAGAGGAGGAUUCACAGCGAAUCCACGGCGACUGAGUGGUGAGACGGAGGAGUGGAAGCAAGAGACUGACCUUCCUCGCGUUUCCUAAUCCGGUUUUCAGGACGAAGAAUAGCGCAUCAGUCAUCAGUUUGUGAAAGUUUAUCUCCAUUCAACUGCUGACAGAUGGACGCUUUAAAAUCAAGAGGAGAGACGGCGAGAGAGACGCAUUGGAGCAGCAGAAAGAGACAUGAAGCCCCUGCAGCUCCAUCGGAAGUCAGUGACUGAGUACAGGUGAGGUGGCAGUGGGCGGGACUUAGCCUGCUCAGCCAGCGUCUGAUUGGUGGGUGGUGAUGAUCGCAACGGGCGGCCUCCUGCGGAUCAACGCACGGCGUCAGGACUCACUGAGGUCCAAACCACACAAAGCACACACACACAAGAGGAAAAACAAGAACAAGAGGAGAAACGAAGUGGUGGUGGUGAAGGGGAAGCUGAAGCUGUUUUCGGUCCCGGGCCUGGUGGCGGCGCUGGGCGUCCUGGUCCUGCUGGUGGGCGUGGUCAUGGCGGCCCUGGGCUACUGGCCCAGAGACGGACUCUUCUUCAGCGCUCGGCUGCAGGAGGCCACGGCCAUGGCCUCGGUGUCCUCCACCAGGUCCACAGCUGCCGAGGCUCAGGGAGCAGAGGAGGCAAGGAGACCCCGAGGAGAGGAAGGAGACAGAGGAGGAGACCAAGGAGGAGAAGGAGGAGAUAAUGGUUUCAACCGGACGGAAACCAUAAACGGGACGAUUGGACGUCUUCAUGGAGGUUUUCUGGAGGAUUUCCUCCACAGGUACCUGUACUCUGAUAGGCUGAAGGUUUUGGGGCCUCUCAUCAUGGGCAUCGGGAUCUUUCUUUUUAUCUGUGCGAACGCCGUGCUGCAUGAAAACCGCGACAAAAAGACAAAAGUCAUCAACCUGCGAGACAUCUACUCCACCGUCAUCGACCUCCACGGCCUCCGCAAGCACACCUCCUCCUCCUCCUCCAAUCCCCUCAACGGCCUCGUUAACUACGUCCAAUCAAAGAGCCUGGAAGCUAAACCCAGGGCGUACCCUGCUUCCCUGCUAAACCACAGGGAGGGAGGGGGAGGCGGAGGAGAGGGAGGAGGCGGGCUGUUGUCCAGGCAACCAUUGCCCUGCAGCAGUACAGGAGGAGGAGAAGGAGGAGGAGGAGGAGAUGCGGUGUUCACUAUUUCCGAGGACGCUCUACCACCCCCCUCCUCGUCCUGCCACAGACUCUCCCUCCCCCCCAGGUUCAGCCCCCCCCACCUCUCCCCCUGCUGGAACGUCCCACAGAAGGAGGUGCUCAGCUCAUUCACCUUACCGCUGCGCCGCCCUCGCUCCACAGCUCCUCCCAGGAGGCACUCAGCAGGAGGCUGGUCCACGGCAGCGGGGGAGGAGCAGAGGAGGGAGGGGGGAAACCAAAGGCAGCGGGGGAAGGAGGAGGAUGCAUGUCAACCUCCUCCUUUCUGCUCCUCUAGAGCCUUCCAAGGUUCCUGCAGCUCUUCCAGUCUCCACCAGGAAGUGCUGCUGAUCCACUCCUCCUGCUCCCUCAUCCCUUCCUCCUUUCCGAUCUCCUCCCUGUCUCAACUCCUCUCCUUCUCCUCGUCUACUCCAGCCCCGCCCUGCAGGAGGCGCAGCCUGCCAAUUGGCCACAGUAAACUGACACAUGGAGAGGACAAGUGACAUCACAGGUCGGGGUGACGUCACACGAGUUCUCCUGCUGAGGAGAAGCUGAGGAUCAUUUCGAAGGCGUACGAUGCAAAAUGAGGCGGGAUGAGGAGGUGGACCAAUAAGGAGCUGACUCCUGGGUUGACAGCACAAGUCGUUAAUGACAUCAGCAAUAAGGAGUGUUCCAGAUAAAGGACACCAGGGAAUGUUUUGUACUGCGUUCCUGUGAGUAAUAGUUUAUGUUUCCUGCAGAACGAGCCACUGACUUCCACAGGUUCCUAAAGCACGUCUUCCUUCACUUUAUUCAACCUGUUAAAUGAAUAUAUGACCUUUUUAAACCUCAUUAAUCAAUUACUAUACAAGGUGAUCCAUCGAAUCAUCAGCAUGACGCUGUUCAAAGUAGAUAAGAAUAUAAUCCAGAGUUUUUAAAUGUUUCCUUCCACUGAAAACUGAACGAAUUACAAUCAGACUAUGAAAUAUUUAGAUGGUAUUAAAUAUUUCAGUGUCUCUACCAAUAAACCCAAAUAUAACACA